UGUCAAUCCAUGAAAACCACAACAAAAACACGCAUCCUGGCCAGUGGCCGCACAACUUUCUGCGAAGUAAAUUUUUGUUAGAAGUUUGGAAUAAUCGUUAUUGUAGUUUAAUAAUUUGCACACUUAUAAGUGUGUAAAAUACCGCUAAACGGCUUACAACUAAUCGAAAAUUCUGUCUGAAGUAACCGCCGUACAAUGGCAGAGGAAGAUGAAAUCAAAGAAUACCGCUGGGAAACCGGCUACGAGAAAACUUGGGAGGCAAUCAAGGAGGACGACGAUGGCCUGGUGGAAGGUUCGGUGGCCGACAUCAUCCAGAAGGCCAAACGGAAACGCCAAGCCAUGAAGAAGGGCUUCAGCAAGUUGGGCAUGAUGCGUCAUUUGUAUGUGCUGCUCGAUUGUUCGGAAGCAAUGACCGUUCCGGAUUUGAAACCGACGCGAUUCUUGUGCACGCUGAAGCUAUUGGAGAUCUUCAUAGAAGAGUUUUUCGAUCAGAAUCCGAUCUCGCAGUUGGGAGUAAUAGCCAUGAAGGCCAAGCGGGCGGAAAAGAUUUCCGAACUUGGGGGAAGCUGCCGGAAGCACGUGAAAGCUGUGGCCGGUCUGAGCAAGCUCAAUUUGACCGGUGAACCCUCGCUACAGAACGGGCUGGAUUUGGCUCUGAAGACGUUGAAAAUGGUCCCUGCGCACGCGAGCCGGGAAGUCCUGGUGGUGAUGGGCAGCUUGACCACUUGUGAUCCCACAGAUAUUCACAUCACGAUUGAGGCGCUGAAAGCGGAGGGAAUCCGCUGUUCGGUGGUCAGCCUAUCGGCGGAAAUCCGCGUUUGCAAGUUUUUGUGUACGGAAACAGGGGGCGUCUACGGGGCAGUGCUAGAUGACGCCCAUUUCAAAGAUCAGCUGCUGCAGCAUAUCGAUCCACCGCAGGCCGGAAAUCAGCAGGAAUUUUCGUUGAUAAAGAUGGGAUUUCCGCAUGGGAAAACUGAAGAAGGUAAAGAUCCGCCGCUGACGAUGUGCAUGUGCCACAUCGACAGCACCGAUGAGCCCUCGAAGCUGACGUCCGGCGGAUAUCACUGUCCGCAGUGUUACAGCAAGUAUUGUGACCUGCCGGUGGAAUGCGCGGCGUGUGGCUUAACAUUAGCAUCGGCACCGCAUCUAGCCCGAUCUUAUCAUCAUCUGUUUCCUGUGCCUCACUUCCAGGAGCUUUCAUUCGAGCAUCAGGCCAGCAUUUGCUACGGGUGUCAGAAGCCAUUCACCGAAAGCACGGACAAGACGGUAUACCAGUGUGGAACCUGCCAACAGGUGUUCUGCAUAGAUUGUGACAUUUUUAUACAUGAAACGAUGCAUUCGUGUGUCGGGUGUACGACAAUUCCGUCCUCUGUGCAGGCUUUGCACGCACGAAAACCCGUUGCUCCACCAGUUCCGUUAUAGAUAGGGCGUUGCGCUUGAGAAAUAAAAGGUUAUAAACCGA